AUGGGGAAUACAUUGAGCAUCCCAGAGGAAGCUGAAGAAGACAGUACGUGCACAGUAAAGAGCUAUCAGGCUCUAUCUGAAUCUCCUGACAACAUGAAAAAUGGAUCUGUUGCAUUUGUUCAGCAUCAUCCUCCUGCAAUGAAUGGUGAAGUGGAUGCAAAGGCAAGUGUUGCAUGGGAUAAUGUGGCCGUUUCUUCCCCAAAGACAAUGGAGCAGAGCCCCGUUCCCGACGCGGGCGGGCAGAGUCUCGGGAGCGCUGCCAGGAGAGCUCUGCCAUCUGCUAAAUCCCGCUCUGUCUUCGCGUUUUCAUGGUCUGUACCAGGGCGUACUGAAGAUCCAGCUACAGAUUCAUCAGUUGGAUCAGCGAAACUUGAUGUCAGCUCAGAGGCGCCUGGAGCGAACAAAGCACCGAGUGACAGCGUGGAGGUUCCCGCGGCAGCUGCGCAGGAGGAAGGCACACAUAAAAACCUGACCUGGGCCCCGCCAGCAGCAUCGCUUCGCGACAUUGAUCUCACGGCAUCAGUGACACCUGAGGGAGAGGAUGCGGCCACCUCAAAACCAAAACAAGUAACCUUCUUUGACAGGAUCUUCAAACUGGAGAAGGGAAAGGAAAGGAGUAAAACGCAAAUUGAUACCCAGGAGGAAAGGCAGACUUCAGACCUUCCUGACGGGCACAUCACAGCGAAAGAGGCUGCUGGAUUACAGAGCACAUCAAACAGUGUCCCACAGGGGAAGGAGAUAGAUGACUGCAACCAAAAAGACCUACGGCAGGACUCGGCAGGUGUCAACGCUCUCACUGCUGAGCAACCUGAAAAGACAGAGGUAAAACAGGAUAACCCCCAACCAGCUGCUGCAGGAGAUAACUCCGUCAUGAGUUUCCUUAAAACACUGGUCUCUCCAAGCAAAGCUGAAGCCAAAGGUGAUUCUGAAGACAAGGGAUCGAAAGCGGAAAAAGGCCAUGGUGGGCAACCUGCUCCGAAGACAGCGGCAGAAUCCCAAACUAAAGGAGCCAAGAAAAAGAAGGCAGAGAGUCCCAAGCUAGGACACAGUACAUUUAGUAAACUCUUUAGGCAUAAGGCUGCAAAAGAGACCCAACAGACGACUAAUACCAAAAGCACUGAACAGCAGCCUGUUACCUCUGUAAAAUCGGACAAAAAUGUCCCUUCCUCUCAAGAGCCACAGCCAGCUAAGCAGAACACAAAAGCCCCUGAGCCUGCAGCCCAACAGCAAGCAGCGGCCGCUGAAGCCCCCAAAGAGGUGACGAAGGAGAAAGCAUCAUCCACUCCUACGCCACUAAGCAAGCUCUUUUGGAAAAAGAACGCGUCGGAAGAAGCAGAGAUCGUAAGCGGUGAAAAAGCAGACGCGUCUUCAGAAGCUGCGGCUCCCGACAAAGAGGGGAGCGAGAGCCCCGAAGCUGCAGAAGCGAAGCCCAGGAGAGAAGAGAGCAAAACCCCCAGGGCCAACCUGAGGAGGCUUUUUAAGCUG